ACUAUAGCUGCACCUGCAGUCAUCCUCAGCACCAGUUCUGCGCUUACAUGAGGUCCUAAUAAUACUCAGAGCUGCUCCGUCUGGGUUACUCAUUAGAUUCAGAGAGAAGAUUUGUGGUCGUUUUGAAAGGUUUGCCACUAUAAUCGUGCUGAUAAAAGAUGGAUGUAAAGCAUAUUAAAGAAUACCUCUCCUGGCUGUACUACCAAUAUCUCCUGAUAACAUGCAGCUAUGUCCUGGAGCCCUGGGAGCAGACCAUUUUUAACACUGUACUAUUGGCCACAAUUGUGAUGGUGAUUUACAGCUCUUAUAUCUUCAUACCGAUUCAUGUUCGUCUGGCAGUGGGGUUUUUCUCUGACAUCUUUGGAGGACAGCAUGAAAGUACUGUUGCCCCGAUGAGCUGA